AUGGCAGUUGCCCAUCGAGAACGCCAAAGAAAGGUAUGCCUCGGAAAAGUAAACAUCGUCGAAUUAAUGGUCAGUCAAUGUUUGCAAUCAGAACAGAUGAGCUCAAAAGUGGAUCAACUGAUCACGUUGCUAGACCUCGAGGACGGUUGCCAGGGCCUACAAUCGGGGAGGUGCAUCGUGAGAAGAAAGGCUUUAGCCUUAGAGGCACAGUUAACACCUCGUCCUGCUUCCCCAUUUCAUUUGAAUCUCCUGGCUCUGCCCUACCCUUGGCUCAUCUACGCUUCUUGCAUUUGCUCAAAGUCGCAGCUCACAGUUGAUUUUCGCCAUGUUUUCAACUUCCAUGCCAUUCCUCCAAAUUCCAUGCGACGUCCCGUGGUUUCGAGCGGCAAUAGGGGCCUGCGCCUGUUAUACGUAAAACCUACGAUUCGCGGUUAA